AUGGGGUUCCCCGGGCCCCUAUCGCCCCCCACAAACAUAGGCAAAGGCAGCAGCAGCUCAUGGACUGCUGCUGCUGCUGCUGCUGCUGCUGCUGCUGCUCAACAGCAGCAACUAGCAGCAGCGGUGGCUGCCUCCUCCGCUAUGAAUUUCUCUACACCGUCCCUCACUAUGCAGCAGGCAGUUGUUGCUGCUGCAGCACAGCAGCAGCAACUGCAGCAAGCUGCACUUGCUGCUGCAGCGUUCCCUGCACAGUUGAAGCAGCAGCAGCAGCAGCAGCAGAGACGCCAAGCGUCAUCAACUCCUACAAAGCCUAGGCGACAACAGGCGCACAAAAGUGCAGCAGCAACAGAAGCAGCAGCAGCAGCAGCAGCAGCAGCAGCAGCAGCAGAAGAGCCACAGCAGCAUGCUAAAGGCAGCAGAAAGAACAGAAGCGAUAUGUACACCCAGCAGCAGCAGCAGCAGCAGCAGCAGCAGCAGCCGCAGCAAAGCCUAGGCGACAACAGGCGCACAAAAGUGCAGCAGCAACAGAAGCAGCAGCAGCAGCAGCAGCAGAAGAGCCACAGCAGCAUGCUAAAGGCAGCAGAAAGAGCAGAAGCGAUAUGUACACCCAGCAGCAGCAGCAGCAGCAGCAGCAGCAGCAGCAGCAGCCGCAGUAAUAUUUGUCUUGAGGGGUAUUUCACACCCAAAGCUGCUGCUGCAGCAGCAGCAGCAGCAGCAGCAGCUGCAGCUGCAGCAGGGGUGCAGCAGCAACUGCAACAGCAGCAGCAGCAGCAGCAGCAGCAGCAACAGCAAUAG